AUGUUAUACCCUCUGGUUCGAUCUGGCGUAUUUGAAUAUGCCAAUCGUAUAAUAUUUUCUCGACGUCUGCUUUCACAUAGGGCUUCUGGUCCAAGUGCACUUAAUCUUGGAAGUGCGACUUCAGACGAGGAAGCUGUCAGACAGCAGCUAGAGAUCGAUCCCAAUUUGGAACACUUUUUUGACGAUGAUAUUGUUGAUAAGGUGAAGAACUCACAAAAGCCUCAGGAUCUGAAUCCAAUGAAACCAAAGGACGACUUUGAUGAUUUCCUAGAUCCUUCUGAGGUGCCGAUCUUAGGUAGGGAUGACCUGGGACCUAUCAGCUUUCCCGCUUCGUUGAACGGGGCUGGCAAGCCAAUGACUAUGACCACGAAGGAAUUUCUUAGUCACUUAAAGCCACCUCAAAGUGAGCCAACUGUGAGACCAAUAUAUAGGAACAUAGUGGCACCUAAACCCACUGCUACAGCGAGAGUAAAGCCACUAGAGGCUGUAAAGGCUUUUAGAAUACCCAAGCCAAUCAAGUCAACCAAGCCAAUUAAGUCAACCAAGCCUUCAGUCUCUCUGGAUCCUCCCGAGUCUUUUAACACACCGAACUUUCUGCGCUACAUCGAUUUCUUACACGAGGGAGAUAUUCCAACACCUGUUGAGGUUCCUAAUAAUGCUACCUUAGAGUCACUGGUAGAUACGGAACUGCCUUUAAGUGUUGUAUCUUGCUUUAACGAUCCUAGAUUAAAUCUUAGUAUUGAGAGAUACAUAUUCACUCACCUUCCAGAUCCAAAGAAGAACAGGUUUGCCAAAAGAUUAGUUCUCUACCGAAAUUCUCCUUGCAUUGUGAUCGGUAAGAACCAGAAUCCUUAUAAGGAGAUUAACUUCCAUUUGGCCAACUUGCAUCAGAUUCCAAUUUUACGUCGUUACAGUGGUGGAGGUACUGUUGUUCACGAUUUAGGCAAUGUGAACUUUUCAUUUAUUGCCGACAAGUCCCUCUUUAACCGAACAGGGUUCACGAACAUCUUGGCUGGUAGGCUAAAUGAGUUAGUAGGCAAAGUUGUUCAAGAUUGGAAAAUGCCAGACUUCAAGCUUACCACUAAUGAUAAGGGAGAUAUAGUGAACGCUUCCAAUAUGCAUAAGGUGAGUGGAUCCGCAUACCAACUUUCUAGGGGAAGAUCGUUGCAUCACGGCACUAUGCUACUAAACGUGAAUAUGAAGCUACUAUCUGGGCUACUCAAACUUUCGCAAGAAAGGAAGGAUUCUAUUGAGGAUAGAAGUAUCGACUCAAUUCCAAGUCCGACUGAAAACGUGGCUAUGGAUGAAGAGGUGUUUGAAUAUAGCUGCAUAAAUACGUUUGCUUCAAGUUAUGGAGUGCCGUCAUUUUUGAAAAAGCCUAAAUUUGAUAACGUCCAAGUCCUGAAGUUUGGCAGUACAGAAUGCCAGAUUAUGAAAGUCGACGAUUUGAAUGAGUUACCUCAAGAAGUUCUCGACGAAUAUAGAACGUUCAAAAGCUGGGACUGGGUGUUUGGACGAACUCCUAAAUUCAAACUACGGUUUAAAGUGGCCGGUAGCGAUGAUGACAGUGAUCUUCAAGUUUGCCUACAUAUUGAUCACGGUAAAAUUCAGCAGAUCGAAACCAGCCGUGACGAACCAAAACUCCGUGCACUUAUUGAAAAGUGCGGUAGUGUUAGAUUUAGAGGAGAUACCAUGGCAGAAUACAUACACGAUAUUAAGCUGAGAAACAGCUUUAUCUGGAAUAUAGACCAGGCUCUGAACUAUCAGAGUAUUGGAAUUAACGAAUAA